CUCAUCAAAACUCUGCGGCAUGCAGACAAGAGCUGGGGGGGAGGGCACAUAGGCUACUAGGUCUGCGCUGGAGUGUAGGAUUGCUACCUCUGACUAAAACUAUCCAUCUUUGUGUUAUCAGAUUGACUUCUUUCGCGUUCAUUCAUUCGUGCGUCUUGGUUGAUUGCCUAUCAUCUCGCUUAGCCGCGGUGGUACAGUAACUCUCUCUCCCUCCCUCUCUCCUCUCCAUCUCUGCCGUCUGGCUAAUUGUUUCUGUUUCGCGUUAGUGCGCGUUUAUUAGAGCUCUAGGGUCUUAACUUUUAUGACAAAAUGGCAAAGGAUGGAGAAAAAAACGGCUGGAAGGAAUUUAUAUGGAACCCGAGGACGAGGGAGUUUCUGGGCAGGACGGCGAGCAGCUGGGGUCUUAUUCUUCUCUUCUAUGUAAUUUUCUACAUCUUCCUGGCCGGCUUGUUUGCACUCACUAUGUAUGUAAUGCUGCAGACUUUGGACGACCACAAACCCACCUGGCAGGACAGGCUCUCCACACCAGGCAUGGUGAUUAGACCCAAAGCAGAUGAGACCUACGAGAUUGUCUAUAAGAUCCAGAACACUGAGAGCUGGGACAUGUACGCUCAGGCCCUGGACAGGUUCCUGGCACCCUACAACAAUUCCGUCCAGGCCCAGAAAAAUGACGAGUGCACCCCGGACAAGUACUUUGUACAGGAGGAUAGUGGCGAUGUCAAGAACAACCCCAAGCGCUCCUGUCAGUUCAACCGCACCAUUCUGGAGGACUGCUCUGGAAUCAAUGACCGUUACUAUGGAUACCAGGACGGCAAGCCAUGCAUCAUCAUCAAGAUGAAUCGGGUGAUUGGGAUGCUGCCAGGAAAGGACGGACAGGCUCCGUAUGUCACCUGUGGUGCAAAGAAAGAAGACUCUGACAAAAUUGGAGAAUUGAUGUACUUCCCUCCCAAUGGCACUUUCAACCUUAUGUACUACCCUUACUAUGGCAAGAAAGCUCAGGUGAACUACUCCCAGCCUUUGGUCGCCGUCAAGUUCCUUAACAUUACUGCCAAUCAAGAUGUCAACAUCGAGUGCAAGAUCAACGCCAACAACAUUCCCCUCGGAAAUGAAAGAGACAAGUUUGCCGGAAGAGUGUCUUUCAAGCUGAGGAUCAACACUGUUAAUUAGGUUGACCAUUAUUCCUCUCCUGAAAACUACUUUCUUCAUUCUCUGCAACAUUGCACAUACACAGAAACAAAUUUCAGUAUUCACACCCUUCAUAGGAUUUGUUUACAACCCCUCCAGAUUUUGGGGGACAAUAUUUGUCCAGUUGUGCGAUGAGAUGGCGCAAGAACAAAAAGGGUGGCAAUCCUGUCAUUAUUUCUGUCUGUGAGCUUUGGGACAAAAUUCUUUUCUGUAAAUUAGUUUGAGGUGACGUCUAUUUAUACUGCAUGACAAAACUAGGGGAUGUAAAGGACGUGAACAUGUGUUUUCAGAGUUUGCAAGGAUCAGCAACAUUAACACUUUACUGCUGCUCCCCUCCUGCCGCCUCCUUACAGAGUCUCCCUCUAUAUAUGAAUAUACACAAAUUACAAUACAAAAUGUGUAUAUCUACAGUAUUUAUACGGUAUCAUAACCUUAUAUCAGUACGUCUAUUUUGUUGCACUUAAAAGAAUAAUCCAACAGACUCGUGUAUAUCUUGAUGGAUGGAUGCAGAGAUGAAGCCAUUUUGCAUGUGUGUAUCGUCUUUCGUGUGCUAUGACGGCAGGAGGCCCCUCGUGUCCCACCUCUCUGCUAAGUGUGAAAUAAGGUUUCGUUAAACCACUGACCACCAGGAGGGGCCACACUGUAAUCUACUACACACAGCAAGUGUGCAUUUCACAUACAUCUAUAAAAAAACAGGAGUUACAGCAGAGGUUGAAACCUUUAAGAGUGUGUGUGUUUGUGCAUGUGUGUGUGUGUGUGUGUGUGUGUGUGUGUGUGUGUUUUCACGUGUGAUCCAUUGUCAGAUCCCAUUUCAUACUGUAGGUCGGGAAAUUGCAUGCAAUGUGCAAUAUUCAUUAAGUGGCAUACAUUAUGAAUGCCUGAUUCCAUUUGUCGGAUGAGGAGACUUCCAUUAAAUGAUAAUUAUUUUGGAUCAUUUGAUAUUCACGCUGGUUGUUGGACCUGAGAGCAGCCGGUGAAACACACGUGCUGGGAAUGUUCAAAUCGACGCCACUGGUGUCAAAUAAAUUAUGAAAGGAGACAUCAGUCAUGUUUCAGAUGACUUACAUUUCCCGAGUUUGACCGACACCAAAACUCCCAUUCAGCUCCCAACCAACCAUCUGAAUAUCAAAUGAAUACCUCAACAAUGAUCCUCCUGCUGCACGAUGGCGUUACGUUCCCUGUCAUUGUGUCUAUAAUUGUAUUCCUAAAGCUGAACCAAGAGCCAUUUUCUUGUGUCUCAAUUUUUAAUCAUUUUAUUUAGAGGUUUUUCUUUUUUUUUUGCGUGCAUUGCAUCUAUUUCAUAUGUAUCAGAAAUAGAUGCCAUUGUCAUAUUAUAUUUUGUAUUGAUUUGCACUGGAGGUGUGCUUUGAAUAUAUUUCUGUACAGUUUUUGGAGGAGUUUUUGGAGGAUGUAGAAAGUUUGUGUUUGUUCCCUUUCUUUAAUCUACACCCAUUAUCAUCCUCUCAGAUGUUAACCCAGGAUAAUCAAAAUGUAUAGUUUACAUAAUGGUGACUAGAAUAUGUGAGUGGGUAGUUUUGUUUUAGAGUCCUGUAGGAAGAUGAACAAAACUGGAGAUUGCGACCUUGACCAAAUAGAAAAAAAAUGUCAUUGAAUUUGUUGUUUUCUCGUAGUGUUCCACUGUUGUAUGAAUCAAUCAGAAGGCAUCACGAUAACUAGAGUUUGAAUAACCAACCUGUUGAAAAAUCCUAGAUUAGGCCUGAGUAUGGUGCUGUUUACUUAACGUGCAUUCACUGUGCAGUAAAGGCACACAGCGUUGUGAGGAACACCUGUAAAUGUUGAGAAAUCUGUGGAGUCACAGUUGUAUUUUUCUUUUUCUUUUUUUUUUAAAUCUCAGGCGUAUUACUCUGGCACGGCUGCAAAAUUGUACCACUGUGAUGCUGCCAUGUCAUCACAGCAAAACACAAGCAUCUGUUCGCUCACAUUAAGGUCUGGCUCGACUCCACUGUUUAAUUUCUCUCUGAGCCGUGUGUUUCUCUCACAAAUAUCGACCUCAUUUAUCUGAUUUGAGAAUCUUGAGUUUCUGAUCUAUAUCCGAAAGGUAAUUCAUAAUGAAGGAUGUGCUCCACCAGUUAUCUGAGGCUUUUUUUUUUCUUUCUUUCUUUUUAUGACCGUCCACUGAGAAGUUCACAUGUAUUUCUCCUCUGGCAUUCCUGCAACACUUACUUAAUUUCGCUGUAAUCUCUUAAUCUGGUCAGAUAAUCCAGAGCAGGCAUGCUCAACUUCUUUACCCUACUUUGUCACUCCUCCUCUGUGAAUCACUGUCUUCAAAACGUAUAAAACAAAGCUCAUUUUUCAGUCCUAUUUUACCCCAAUCAUUCUCAAAUCGACCACAACAAGGCAAAUAAAACAUUCUGCUCCAUCACCUAAUUGGACAUCCUUGUUUUGCUCAUGUGCAUGUGAAGAUUAGUUCUUCAACCAAAGAUCUCCAUGACAGUCUAAAGUUAAUUUACUGCAUUGACACAUCCUCGGCAGAGAUAAUGUAGGAUCCAGGUGGAGGGUUAAACACCCUGUGUUAUUAAAAGGCCUACUCUUAUAUAAUAAUGGAAAUCAUACGCACAAAAGGUGUUUCACUACAACAUAACAGUGCCUCCUGGUGGACAGACAGUGUUGUUCCCCAGUGUCACAGAAUGUUAUUUCCUGUUAUCUCCAUGUUUUCUGUGAUAAUUUGGAGAUGUCCUCAAAAAAAAAGCAAUAUAUUUAUUUCUUAUGUGGCUGUAUGAUGUAAUGAUUUGAAAGCCUGUCACAAAAUCAGUGUGUCAUCAGGAAGAAAUAGGAGAGAACGUUUAGAUAUUGCAGUCAGGCAGUUUUGCCAGUGUGCAUUAUCACGAUGGAGUAUUAUAAAAAGUGUUGUUUUAUUCAUAAAAAGAGUAUUUUUACUGCUAUUUUGUUGUAAAAAGGAGAGAAUGUAUGGGCUUGGAUUGUAUUGUGUCAUGGGAGCUACCUGGUAGGUUUUCAGCAUUUAAUUCUAAGAAUGGCAAAAUGUUGGUUGGAAAAGGUUGUUUUUUUUUUUUAAAUGUAGAAACAUAUUUUCUCAUGAGUCCUUUCUAAUUCCUUUAAUUGAUGAAAGUUCUCUGAACACUGGGGUCUAUUGUGUCAGAAUUAACAGUCAUUAGAUGUUUGUUGGUAGUGAACACAUCAGAGAGAGCUGUCAGAGAACUUUCAAGUUCAACACGGUCCAACACAAAUGUCACAGAGAGUCUAAUAAUCAUGUUUCAAAUAAUUUCAGCAAACCUCACAACUCCCACCUAUCCCCCUUUCGUCUUAAAUCGUAUUAUUGCCUAAGACUGUGGUGCAAGGAUAGUUCAAGAGAGAAAUCCAUAGCAUUUGUUGAGAUGCUCUCACCCCCAAAAGGAUGAUAAUUCUACUCUGGAUCUUUAUUUUUUGCUCUUACUGUAUGUAUAUUUUUGCUCAUGUUUACUGCAAACCAAGAUAGAGAAAUAAAUAAAUGUCAUU